AUGGUUAUUUUGUCGAAAACAAAAAUAUAUUCCAUGUACAACGUAAAGGGAAAAACUUGCUUAUUGAUUGUAUUCAGUAAAGAUCAAUUUCCGGAUGUUUAUGUACCAACAGUAUUUGAAAACUAUGUUGCUGAUAUUGAAGUUGAUGGCAAACAGGUAGAAUUGGCUCUAUGGGAUACAGCGGGUCAAGAAGAUUACGAUCGAUUGAGACCAUUAAGUUAUCCAGAUACUGAUGUGAUAUUAAUGUGCUUUAGUAUUGAUUCACCGGAUUCAUUGGAAAAUAUUCCGGAAAAAUGGACUCCUGAGGUUCGACACUUUUGUCCCAAUGUUCCGAUAAUACUAGUAGGUAACAAAAAGGAUUUACGGAGUGAUGUACAAACUGUUCGUGAAUUACAAAAAAUGAAACAGGAACCGGUGAAAUAUGAACAAGGAAAAGCAAUGGCUGAUCAGAUCGGUGCUGCGUCUUAUAUCGAAUGCUCUGCCAAAACUAAAGAUGGUGUACGCGAAGUAUUCGAAAUAGCUACUCGUGCUGCCUUAGCAGCAAAAAGGAAGAAAAAACACAAAUGUGUUAUGCUUUAA